UUUCAUACUUUUUUUUUUUUUUUUUUUUCUUCCAGAACCUACGUAGUUCUUCCGGCUCCCCCAACAUAUUUGUCAGCCGCUUCCACCAUUCAACAUGUCGGACCUUCACAUGUCACAUAUCACCAAAUGGUUUACCAGCUCACCUCCAGCGGAAUGGGCCAUUAAGAACCUACGACAGCUUUUGAUAGGAGCGCUGCGCCAGGGGCCGAUCCCUCGCCAUGUCGCCUUCGAAAUGGACGGCAACAGGCGGUAUGCCCGAAGCCACAAGAUUGAGACUGUAGCAGGACAUCAUAUGGGUUUUGAAGCUCUGGCGCGCGUCCUUGAAAUAUGCUACAAUUGUGGCGUCAAGGUUGUCACAGUCUAUGCGUUUAGUAUCGAAAACUUCAAUCGUCCCAAAUAUGAGGUGGAGGGUCUUAUGCAGAUGGCCAAGUACAAGCUGGAACAGCUUCUUGAGCAUGGCGAGGUGCUCGAUCGCUACGGCGCUCGAGUUAUCAUUUCGGGUCAGCGAGAUCUAAUUCCGCCGGAUGUGCUUGGCUUCGUAGACCGAGCUGUGAAUGAGACGAAGCACAAUAAGGGCCAUAUCCUUAACAUUUGCUUUCCAUAUACCGCCAGAGAGGAGAUCACCCAGGCUAUACGAUCAACUGCUGUCGAGUACUCGAGUCACCCUCGCCCGCAGAACAGCGCCUUCUCCCAGACGCGCAUCAAGCAAAAGAUCCUUUCGAAACAUGCGGGAAACAAGGAAGCGGCACUUGGUUCCAUCCAAGAGUCUCCGCCUCCCGAUGAUGUAGAUUGCUCCGUGUCAUCGGGAACAACACUGCCCCCAGGCACACCUCCAUCAUCGGAAUCAACCGUCCAGGAUGUACCAAGACCUUUCAAGAACCCCGAGACUAUCACUGCGGAGACGCUCAAUAAUCACAUGUACACCGCAGAGUGCCCUCCAUUGGAUCUCUUCAUACGAACUAGCGGCGUGGAGAGACUCAGCGACUUUAUGCUCUGGCAGUGUCACCAAGACACCCAGAUCUUUUUCCUCAAGUGUCUCUGGCCUGAUUUUGACUUGCGGUAUUUCCUUCCUGUUCUCGUGGAAUGGCAGUGGAGGCAAAAGCAGAGGGAGAGGGACGAGAAGCCCAAGAGACACCUCAAACAGCGAUAGUGUUUUUUUCUUCUUCUCUGCUCCCGCAUCCACUUUACUUGUUUCCAAUUCGCGGGCUGGCUAUGCCCAGGAGGCAUGCAGACAUGGAGAUAUGAAUGGCAGCUUCGUUAAGCUCCGAUGUUAUUCGGCAUAGAGACAUUAGCGGGCCAGCAUGGCAUCUGAUGCGACCCUUUUUUCUUCUUUCUUAUUUUCUUUGUGGGUAGGAAACGCAAAACUAGCACCUUGAUACCGAGCCUUGUUA